AUCGCUCUGAAUGCAAAACACACUCGCCGAGUUGCAACACUCGGACUCAUAAUCAAAAUACAACUCAUAUGUUUCAUCGCAAACCAGUUCCCUGGAGAGGCAUUAACUGAGAGCGCGAGAAUCCGAUUCUACAGACAAUUUUUAGUUUUGAAAACUGAAAUUGCGCUUGGCUGGUCAAGCGGCCGGUUAUCAUCGCUCGUCCCCAGCAGUUGAUCUACAAAUGCGGCGGCGUCAACAACGCAAAAAGUGAAACCACAUUAAAACGUCAAACUCUGAACCGAUUCGGGGCUGAUCCCAGGCUUUAAUCGCCGCCAAAAAGGUCACCGACGACAACAGCAGUAGUCAAAAUGUUGCUGGCCCUGAUCACUGGGGCACUGAUCUUGCUCCUGACCUGGGACUUUGGACGCAAGCUCCAGCGAGUUAAUGCCUUUAAGAAGUCCCAGAUUCCUGGUCCAAUAUCGAUUCCCAUCCUAGGAUGCGGACUACAGGCCCUCCACUUGGGAGCAGAGAAUAUUAUUAGCUGGGUGGGUGAGAAGUUCGACCAAUAUGGCAAGACUUUUCGCUUUUGGAUCUUGGGAGAGUCCCUGAUCUACACAAAGGAUCUAAAGUACUUCGAGACCAUCUUGGGCAGUACCACUCUCCUGGAAAAGGGACAACUCUACCAGUUUCUGCGACCCUUUCUAAACGAUGGGCUACUUGUUAGCACGGGUAGGAAGUGGCAUGCCAGGAGGAAGAUUUUCACCCAUGCCUUCCACUUCAAGGUUCUAGAACAUUAUGUGGAGAUAAUGGAUCGGAAUAGCGGAAUAAUGGUGGAGCACCUCAGGAAGGUGGCCGAUGGUAAGACGCCGGUGGACAUGCUGAAAUAUGUGUCUCUGGCCGCUCUUGACGUGAUAACAGAGGCCGCCAUGGGUGUCCAGGUGAAUGCCCAGAACGACCCCGAUUUCCCCUACGUAAAGGCACUCAAGAGUGUGGUCUAUAUCCAACCGGAUCGAAUGUUCAAGUUCUCGCAGCGCUACAACUGGCUAUUCCCACUGGCGGCCCCUUUGCUCCACCGGCGGCUUCUGAGCGAUAUCCGCGUCAUGCACGACUUCACCGACAAGGUCAUUCGCGAGCGGCGAGAGACUGUGAGGCGGGCGAAGGCCGACGGCACCUACCGACCGCUGAGUCUGGGCGAUGACGAGAUCGGUCGCAAGUCGCAAAUGGCUCUACUGGACAUCCUGCUGCAGUCGACCAUCAACAAUGAGCCCCUUACCGAUGCCGACAUUCGCGAGGAGGUGGACACCUUCAUGUUCGAGGGCGAUGACACCACCAGCAGUGGAGUAUCUCAUGCCCUCUAUGCCAUUGCCAGGCAUCCGAAGGUUCAGAGCCGUAUCUACGAGGAGUUGCAGCAGGUUCUGGGCCCAGAUCCCUUCGCUCCAGUGACGCAGUCCCAGAUGCAGGACCUUAAGUACCUAGAGUGCGUGAUCAAGGAGACAAUGCGGCUGUAUCCUCCUGUUCCUGCUAUUGGCCGACACACCCAGAAGGAGAUUCAGAUUGGAUCUAAGACCAUCCCAGCCAAUACAAGCAUUUACCUAGUGCUCUACUUUGCCCAUCGAGAUCCGGACUACUUCCCAGAUCCUCUCAGUUUCAAGCCUGAACGAUUUUUGGACGGUGAGGGGGAGAGCCAUGGUACCUUUGCCUACGUGCCCUUCAGCGCAGGACCCAAGAACUGCAUUGGUCAGAAGUUUGCCGUUCUGGAAAUGAAGUCUCUAAUCAGCAAGGUCCUCAGGUUCUACGAACUGCUUCCCCUUGGCGAGGAGGUCCAGCCAAUGAUGAACUUCAUCUUGCGCUCAACUUCGGGCAUUAACGUGGGUCUUAGGCCCAGAAAGUCAUAAAACGUUUGAUAUUGUUAAAAGGUUUCGGUUAAAUGUAACUGGGAUUUUCGUGAUAUAUAGCAGUAAGACAUUUUUAUCUAAUCAUUAAGUACUUAAAAUCCAUUUAAUGUUGAAAAUAAAAACUUUUUGGGAAAAA